AUGAUUGACCCAAUCGAUAAAAUUAUUGAAGAAACAUUUGUUUAUAAAAUUGACACGCUUCAUAAUCUUUCUUUAUCAUCGAAUGCUUCAAUGAUUCGUUACGCUUUAGCAUAUAAAGACUUUAAUCCUAAUGAAAAAUAUCCUGAGGAAGAGAUAGAAUCAAGUUUUGAAUUAACGAAAAAGUAUUGGAAAUAUAAAAUUGAAUCAUAUAAGAAACAAGAUGAAAAAGCAGAAAGGGAUACUAAAAAUAAUGUUUCAAUGGAUGAUUUUCAAUACUAUCACGAUUUAAUCCUUUCAUCUAAAUGCAAAAUGUGUGGUAAAGCGUUUACAUAUGCAAAUAAACCAACAUUGGAUAGAAUCGAUAAUGAAAAACCACAUACCAAAGAAAAUUGUCAGUUAAUGUGUUGUUAUUGCAAUGUCGUAAAAUCAAAUAAAGAUGAAGAUGUUCAACGUUUAAGAAUCAAUUUAAGAAAUUAUGCAUUAAAAAAUAAUUUACCAAUGACUUUAGAUUCAGUUGAAGCUUAUCACAUUCUCCGUAAUGGAAUUACUGGUGGUUUAUCAAAUGUUCAACAUAGAGUAAAUCUUAAAGGAAUCACGCACAUUAAUAAACUUGCAUAUAAUCCAGAAACUAAAACUGUAUCAAAUGAGGACACCACCAACAUUAUGACUCAUUUCGUUGGUGUUGAUUUUAAUUCAUUAUAUCCUUCAUCAUUUUCAUCUAAUCCUCAUGAUUUCAUUCAAUAUACUGACCAUAAAAUGUAUAUGCCGGGAAGAUUGAAUGGUGUUAUCAUUUGUGAUACAGCAACAAAGAAAGCAAAAGCACUGGGAAUAAUUAAGAAGAAAAAUACUUUAUUCGUGGCUGAAGUAA